AUGGAUCCAUCCCAAAGCACUCUGCCCUUCAACUCAGCCUCAGGUUACGAGACGGAUGACGCUGCUCCCCGUCGAUCUGGCCGGAUUACUACUCCGGCACGUCUAGGACCUGGUAUGAUUUGUCCUCCAUCUGACAGCCGCCAAGCGCUCCCCAGCUUGUCUUUCACUUUUUCCAUCACCAAUCAACAACUCUUGACAUCAACCAACACAAAGGACAAAGGCAAGAGCAAGCGUGCCCGCUCUUUGUCAAUUCCUGGAUCUACAAUCAACACUGAAGCUGAAGAUGACACCGACACACCUGAAGUCAUCAGUGGACCCGCUCAAAAGAUUGCUCCAGCCCCCAAACGAAGUACCCUAGCCGGUCCCAGCAAAGGUAAAUCUAAGGUUGUGAAUAAGAAGAGUGGACCCCGACGUAAGGAUACUGAGGCCGAGUUGAACUUGCUGGUGUCACCCUGA